AGGUUAUUAAAAUGGUUAAGCGAGAAUUUCUCUUGAUCUUAACAAUUCUUUUGUUCAACGCAAGUAGUUCAUUUUCCGAUGAUUCUCUAUUUAAUGGAGAUGCUAUAUUUGAUAUUCCCAAAGUAGUUGGAAAUUAUGAUAUUUCACAAAAUAUGACUCCUCCGGAUGGCCAUGUUUUUAAAUUUUAUACAUACGUUAGUGGAUCUAGCGUGUAUCAAUGUUCUAAUAAAUCAUGGCUAUUUUAUGAAAGUCGCGCAUUCCAUUUUAAUAACGAAAAAGAUCUUCAUUCCUACCCUACUUCAGCAGUGGCUUCAACAUUCAAAAAUACAGGCAUAUCAAUUCUUUCGGGGCAUGAUGACUCAUCAUUGAUUACAGGUGCAAUUGUCGCCAUACCGAAAUCUGAUCAUCCGGAAGAUAUUCCUUUAGGACUUGAGAAGGUUUCUUAUAACCGAGGAAAAGGUGCAUUUGAAGAUAUUACUUAUAUUGUUCGUCCUCGUACUAGAAGUGGAAAUGAUCCGUCAACUCUAAAUAUACCAUCUGGAGUUGAGAUGAAUGAAGUGAAACGUUACUCUAUGGUUCACGUUAGAGUAGCGGUCCGGAUGAAUAUGUCCGUAUCUGACGCAGUUAUU